UCAUUCAAGGAAUUCGGACCCCCAGGAGAAGUGCUGGAAGGUGUGUAUGCUUGUGCAAAGACAAUCCUGCCUAAAUCAUGCCAGCACUUCCAGCGACUGAAAAGAGAGAUGCGUGUGUGGUCAUGUCUCAGCCACCCCAAUGUCGUCCCACUACUCGGCUAUGUGGAUGAUGUCAGCGGUCAAGGCCUUGUCUCUCCCUGGUAUCCGGAAGGGGAUGUAAUCAAGUUCAUCAAGAGUCACCCUAGUGCCAACAGGGAUACAAUUUGUGCCGAUGUAGCUUCAGGUUUAGAAUAUCUUCAUUCACAAAACCCGUCGAUUGUGCAUGGUGACAUGAAAGGGGAAAAUAUUUUGAUCACUCUGGAUGGGCACGCUUGCAUCUGCGAUUUUGGCCUCUCAAUUAUCUUGGAUAACAACCCCACUGGAUUUACUUCUUCAGUGAUUGGAAUGACUCUUAUCUUUUCCGCCCCGGAAUUAUUGGAUUGUAGCGAGAAGACGACCGAAUCUGAUGUUUAUGCUUAUGGGUGCACUUGCAUCGAGAUCCUUCUAGCGAAAAAGCCACACCAAACCAUCCAUAACCAGCCUGUAGGCGUCAUUGUCGAGGCGAUCCGAAACGGUAUGCCACCUAUCUCCCCUGAACAGCUCGAACAGUGCAAUUCGCUUCUCCCACUUCACCUAAUAAAACAAUGCUGGAGUCUGGAACCAUCGGAUCGACCACGGGCUAAACACUUAGCCGAGGCCUUUGGAGGUGCUCUUGCGAGCCACGCAAAGCCGGAAACUACAUUGUGACCCCUGCGACCAUACAUAACACCAUAUUUGAUCUCUCUAGCUUUCAUCUGCUUCAUUUGGACCGUUUUACAUGAUCUGAAUGGCUCUGUAUGCAAUCCGCUACUUUGCAUUAAGCUCAAAGACAACCAUUAUCUAACUUGACACGGUACCACUCCGUAAUCGCUCCCUGGUUCUUGUUUCAAAUCCUCCAAAGAAACCU